AUGGGUAACAACUUAACCGGGAAGAUCCCGAGUCUUGCUGGCUUGAAAUCGUUAGAGAAGGUUUUUGUUAACGACAAUGGCUUUACUUCGAUCGAUGCGGAUUUCUUCACCGGUUUGAAUUCCCUCCAGUUCGUGAAUCUUGACAACAACCCUUUGCGUCCCUGGAAAAUCCCUUUCAGUUUAACGAAUGCGACUUCUCUUGCAGUUUUCUCCGCCGCCAUCUGCAAUCUUUCCGGUAAAAUUCCGGAUUUUAACUGGCGCGUAACAUUCCCUAAUUUGACGGCUCUGGAAUUGUCUGGUAAUUCCCUCGUAGGCGAACUUCCGAUGAGCUUCGCUGGAUCAUCUGUUCAAAUUCUGAUGCUCAACGGGCAAAACCUCAGUGGGUCAAUCUCAGUUCUGACAAAGAUGCUUGUUUUAACGGAGGUAUGUUUGCAGGAAAACCGGUUCUCAGGUACCAUGCCGGACUUUUCUGGUCGUCUGACCUCGCUGAAGUUGUUCAAUGUCAGGGGAAAUCGGCUUACGGGUAUUGUACCAUACUCUUUAAUCGGGUUGAAAUCUCUUACUGAUGUGGCUUUGGGCGAUAAUCUUCUUCAAGGACCAAUCCCACGCUUCGUGGCUAAAGGCAUUAGGUUUGAUGGGAGAGGGCUCAAUAGUUUCUGCGUAGAUAUCAAUAGUUUCUGCCUAGAUUCUUGUUUUACUUGUGAUAUGCGUGUAAACGCUCUGCUUUUAAUCGUUGAAGCAUUUGGUUACCCGGUGAUAUUUGCGGAGAGCUGGAAAGGAAACGAUCCGUGUAAUGGCAUGUGGGUCGGGGUAACUUGUACCGGAGCUGAUAUCACAGUUAUUAACUUCAAAGGCAUGGGACUCACCGGCACUAUCUCUCCAUACUUUGCACAUCUUAAAGCUCUUAAGGUUAUCAAUCUCUCUCACAACAAUCUUUCCGGUACUAUUCCACAAGAGCUCACUGAGUUGAGGAAGUUGAAAGCUCUAGAUGUUUCGUAUAACCAGUUGUCCGGUCUAGUACCGGAUUUUAGGCCAAAUGUUGUUGACACGAGAAAAAUUGUGGCUUCUGUUAUUGGUUCUCUGUUUGGUUUGCUACUUAUUGGAUUUGCUAUAUUCUUACUGAUCAAGAAAAAGAAGCAAUACCAUAAGAUGCAUCCUCAACAACAUUCUGGUGACCAAGAUGCACUCAAGAUUACAAUAGGGAGUCUACAUAAUGGUAAAAGUGAAAGUGGACGUGUGUAA